ACCCGGCCCCGCCCCGGGGCGGACCCGCCGCGGCCCCGCCGCCGUUUGACGCCGCCUGAGGCGGCUCCGGCUCCGCCGCCGCUCCCCGGCCCGGCCUCGCUGCUCCCUCGCGGCCUCGGGGACCGGGAACGCCGCGCAGGAGGAGCUGCCGAGGUCAGCGAGGCCCGGAUUUAAGAGCCAUUGGCUUCUCGGGUAGCAUCGGCGUCCUGAUGUUCGUGCGGCAGUAAAUGUGUAAAGGCUUUCCAGCAGUGUUCUUGGUCUGGUGGGUGCAGGGACCAGGAGAAGGGAGCAGAGAAGUGCCGUGGCCAUCAGCAGAGACCGUCUAAUUCGUUUAACAUCCCAAGCCCCUCUUGAAGCCUCGCUCCAUCUUUUCCCCCACCUCAGCCCCCUGCUCGCACGGUCCCAGGAUGUGGUGCAGGAGGCUGGCGUGGCUCUUCAAGGUGCCGUACCAGCUGAGGGGAAGCACUCGACAUAGCUCGCUGUGGCUGCCCUGUGACAGAAGGACCGUCCCUGCUGCUGCAGCUCGCUGGCAUCACACGGCCCCAGAGUCCCUCAAGUGUGCCUGGCAGUUACACGGUGACCAUCUAGAGCUCAGGUAUGCGAACACCCUGAUGCGCUUCGAUUUUGUCUGGCUGCGGGACCAUUGCCGCUCAGCUUCCUGCUACAAUGCCAAGACGAACCAGCGCAGCUUGGACACGGCUAGUGUGGACCUGGGAAUCAAACCCAAGGCUGUCCGAGUGGAUGAGACCACGCUCUUCCUCACGUGGCCGGACGGGCACGUGACGCGGUAUGGGCUGGAGUGGCUGGUGAAGAACAGCUACGAGGGGCAGAAGCAGCAGGUCAUGCACCCGCGCAUUCUCUGGAACGCAGAAAUCUACCGCCAAGCCCAGGUCCCAUCCGUCGACUGCCGGAGUUUCCUGGAGACAGACGAGGGGCUGAAGGAGUUCCUGCAAAACUUCUUGUUAUACGGGAUUGCUUUCGUAGAUAAUGUCACUCCCACCAAAGAGGACACAGAAAUCUUAGCGGAAAGGAUCAGCUUAAUCAGGGAGACCAUUUAUGGCAGAAUGUGGUACUUUACCUCUGACUUCUCUCGGGGAGACACAGCCUACACGAAGCUGGCUCUGGAUCGUCACACAGACACAACCUACUUCCAGGAACCCUGCGGCAUCCAAGUGUUUCACUGCCUGAAGCACGAGGGCACGGGUGGGCGGACGCUGCUGGUGGAUGGUUUCUACGCGGCAGAGCAGGUUCUCCGGCAAGCCCCUGAUCAGUUCGAGCUCCUCAGCAAGGUGCCCCUGAAGCACGAGUAUGUUGAGAACGUGGGAGACUGUCACAACCACAUGAUCGGAGUUGGGCCGGUUCUCAAUGUCUAUCCCUGGAACAACGAGCUUUAUCUGAUCAGGUACAAUAACUACGAUCGUGCUGUCAUCAACACCGUGCCUUAUGAUGUUGUGCAUCGCUGGUACGCUGCUCACCGCACACUCACCACAGAGCUCAGGAGACCAGAAAAUGAACUGUGGGUCAAACUGAAGCCGGGCAAGGCACUGUUCAUAGAUAACUGGCGCGUCCUGCACGGCCGGGAAGCGUUCACAGGGUACCGCCAGCUCUGUGGCUGCUACCUGACGCGAGAUGACGUGCUGAACACCGCACGCUUACUGGGACUGCAGGCUUAGCCCAGAGCACCCUCCGCGGAGAGGCAGUCCGACCUCCAGCACCGCCGUGCGGGUGCUUCACCAUGAGGAAGAUGUUGCACGUACCUCAGACACCUCCACCCUUUUCAAGCAGUUCUCGGAGCCUGUUCAGGAGAGGGAGCAGGUGGAAGCCAAAGGUUACGGGAGCUUUAUGGGACCGUGUUCUGCCUUCCAGCAUGGUCAGCUCUUGCUGUCUGUGCGCCCAGCCUGGGCUUUCCAGCCAGCCAGUCUGUCACAGCUCUGCUGAGUCAGGGUUAAUCGCACCCCGGGAAGUUCUCCAGCACCUACUGAUGUGAAGUGGUCCUCCAAUCAAGUGCCUUCAGGAUUUUAAAUCUUUGUAUUUUUCCCUGUUGUUCAGCCUUUUUGUCAGCUGGACAUUCUAGGUUUGGAUUUUAUUUUUUUUUUUAGCAGAGCAGAAUGGAAAUCGUGGGGGUCUUGUCUCACCUCAGCCUGGACUUUAACCUGUCUAGAGAAAUGAAAGUCUCGGUGCCUAUAUAAUGAAAAUGCCACUACUCAAAGUGAGGGCUGUUGGCGUGUUUCAGUGACUACUCUUGAAUACACUGUGUACCCCAUAACAGUCACUGAUGGGAGCCGUGCUGCCUGAGGGAUGGCCUGGAAAGAGAACCUGGUGUAGUUAGGGUGUUUCUGAAAAGGUUUAGGUUAGAGGGAAUGGGGAAAGUAGCAAGAUCUGCAUGUUGGGAAGGAGAGAUGACUGUUAGACGAGGGAUGUAUUGCUCACGUUUCCCUGAGUUCCAGUAACGUAAUGCUUGUGUUCUUUCUGCCUGUUGCACUGUGCUUGUAUCAAGGGCAAAGACGCAGCAGCUGCAGUACUUGCUGACAAAUUUCCUACUCUGCCUGCUCCUUCCCCUUUUCUGAAGAAGGAAUUUGUGUUAGGGCAUCUUUACACUGGCUGCUCGAUGAGGCUGACCUUUUUUUCCCUGACCAGAUUCCCCUGCCUAUGAAGGUGAUGAAUCCAGAGGUGCCUUUCAGCUCCUGGCAGCUGCAGGAUAGACCAGAGUCUGGCACAUUGAAGGGCCGUAGUGCAAGGAACAAAGGCAAAUCCUAUCAUUAUUAGAAACAUUGGAAUUUUAGAACCAGGAGGGGACUUUAGCAUUUGUUUAUUUUUCAUUCUUCCACAUCUUCGGCGGCAUUCACUCCUCUGACUGGACCUUAAAACAGGGCUGGUCCCUCUCACUCCCAGCUUUCCUGUGCAAGCAAGAUGUUCUCGUGUCCAAGGUACAAGUGCAGCGCAGAUGCGUAUAUGCUAAACUUGCUGCCUUUGUUUAACCUAAAUACUGAAUAUAUAGAUCCCAGUGCUAAGAGACACCCUUGAAAGCUUCUCUUCAUGUGGACUGAGCUGCCUGAUGCUGUCUCUCACAGUAUUUUGCGUCUGCGGUGAGCCGUCGCUGCGGUGAUCAGGAGUUGAAAGGGGUUUCUGAGCGAAGGCUUGGCAGGAAGCUGUUGAUCAGGGGAUGUGUGAGGAGGUGACGCAGGAGCAGUGGCGCAGGUAAUACAAGCGUGAAGUGAGCUGGCUUCUGUUGGGUACGUCUCCCAGGGCCUGUGAACAGCAGCCUCAGGCACAGGCAGGAACCUGAAUUUUCCUCUAGGCUGAGCCAGUGGAUUCCCUGAGCAGCCUGCAGCGUACGUUCUGUUACUCUUUGUCAGGCGUUUCGUUUGUAGGUUGCCCUUAGGUGCAGGUUACACCAGUACAACUUAGAUGCGAAGUUUUACAAAUCUUCGUUAGUCACGUUGAAGUAGCAAACCACGGCGGUUACGUUUGCUGUCCCUCGCACAGCCCCGCUCACAUGCUGUGGGCUUGGUUUCACCCAGUGCUUCUGGGAGAAGCUGUGGGCUGGAGCAUGGGGCAGGAGCUGGUGCCACAAAACAGUCUUUGUGUUGGUUGACGAAGGACCCUGAUCAGUAUUUGAUGCCCUUGGGCAGUGGAGCUCUCUUUCAAAUUAUUCGAGGGUAUUAAGGAUUUCCUGAGCUCUUUUUCCCUCCUUGUGCCCCCAGGCGAUGAGGGAAAAGUGCUUAGCUCGUGUGGAAACCUUCCCUUAGUCAGUGAGAUCAGCUUUACCUGCCCCUGCUCAGGGGACCUCCAUCUUUAUCAGCUGCAAGCUGAAAAUGUGCCGCUACCCUGAGCUGGAGCGUGGGGGACUCUGGCUAGCACAAGGGAGAACCGGCCAAGGUGUUUCCAUCACAGGUUGUCGUGACACAGGUGCCUUUCUGCCAAGGGCUGUGCUCUUCAGCCACCAGCCUCCUCUUCUGAGCCAACUCCAAGCCAACACUCCUCGAGGUGAUUGUGUGAUCUGUUUGGGGGAAAAUUGUUCACCGUGAAUGUCAAAGAACCACGUUCCCUCAUAGGUAUUAUUGAAAUGAAUCCAGCCACCCCAACAAUAAGAUGUGGAGUGGGGAGGGCUGCGUGUAAUCCCGUGCUCCACCUCUCCCCGCUUCUUCCAAAGGGGCUUGUGAGCAUCAAAACUUUGUUUGAAGGAACAGGGCUUCUUGGCAGUUGCCGCCUGCCUGCUACAGGCCUUUGUUGUGCCGUGUUAUGGAACAGGUUCCGUUUGCUGUAAUGAUACCGGAUCAGGUUUUGUAAUCGAGCUUUUUCAAUCCUUCCAGCCAAUAAAUGAUGAACUGUUUCCUUCUCCUUCCCACUGCUCUGGGGAUCCAAUCCAUGUGUUUAACACAUUUUCCAAAACUGAGAAAUCAGGUCUUCAAACCAAUGAUUUAUAAAGUGGUCAGCUUCACAAAAUAUAUAUUUCAAGCAAUCAUGAACUUGAGAAUAAGUCUGUAUUACCCUUCAAAGGUGGAAUAAACGCGAGGAGCAGUAAACCAAUGCAUCUCCGUUGACUUCUCGUCAUUCAUUCUUUCACUGGCCACACGAUGGCAGAAGAUGCAAGAAAUUAAUAUGAAAAAGUCAAUGCCAAGUCCCAUCCCACCAGGCUCUAGGGCUGUAGCAGCGAUGCCCGUCCUUUCUUCUGCCGGGCUGUGCCCGUUGCUUUUGAGAACUCCAGGAAUUGCUGUUCAAAAGCCAGUGCGACUGUGGAUGUUUCUCAAGAGCUGUGGGAGGUGGUGCCCGUCAUCCCAGAGACAGGUGGGGAGGGGAAUGGAGAUGGUGAGAGGGGACAUGUGGAGGGACACAGGGACCACGGGGGGGUGAUCUGAGGGUGCCUGGAGAAAAAUGGAGCUGCCCCAUUUGCCCUCCAGUGCCCCCCACAUCCCUCUGGUUGGUGUCUUGUCACCCCGGGAUCCCCUUGGGGCCGCUCUGCUCCCCGUGGGUGUGCGGUACAGCCCAUUGCUCAGCUUUUGGUGCUGCCCAGAGCCCUCAGUCCUUCAGCCAAACCAGAGCACGCACACCCCCCCCGCCAUCUACCUGCUGGUUGCAUCAGGAACCCCUGUUUUUCCUCCAGUGUGCCCCAAGAGUGUUGUGUUUUCCUCCCAGCGUGCUCCAAAGCCCUCUGCUCAGGUCUCGGGAUUGCUCUCUUUCAUCUCCUGGUGUGUCCACCCUCUGGUCCCCUCCUGUGGCCCCCCCUCCCGUCCCCUGGUGCAGCCAGGACUUGCAAAAAAAUAAAUAGGCCACUUUCAACCCAGCAAAGAAGAGUUUGGUAGCA